AUGAAUGUGUCGUUUUGUUUGCAGAAAAAUAGAGAAAAUAACCGGAAGACAAAAGUCGGAAGCAAGAAGCCGAAGUUUCGAAAAACUCUGGAAGAAGCAUUGCUUCUGUACUUUCAAAAGGGUAUCAGAAAAUCUUCAUUUUCCUGUAUGUCGACUGGGCACUCCGGAAAAAUGCAAUUCAGAAUGAGGAUGGAAAAAGUUCUGGGACAGUGGGUAAAUUUGAAAACGAAUAUCAGAGAAAAAAUUACUUCGAAACAACAAUCAACAUCAUCUUCUGCUCAUCGUCAUCGACUGAGGCAAAAAUGGACAAAACGAGAAGCUCCGAUGCCGUUUCAGCCUGUACGACAACAGCGGAAGAGAAUAAUAUAA